AUCCUCAGAUAUGAACCCAAAUCCAGAUCCAGAUCUCACCAUCAUCCUGCUUGGAAAAGCAGGAGUUGGUAAAAGUGCUUCAGGAAACACCAUUCUUGGAAGACCAGUGUUUGAGUCGCAGCUGUCCUAUAAAUCAGCUACAAAAAAAAUUCGUGAAGAAAGAGGAGAAGUGUUUGGGAAACAGAUCUCAGUGGUUGACACUCCAGGAAUAUUAAACACAGAGGAGGAGGUUAAACAGUUCUGCCAGCAGCUCCUGCAGUCCUCCAGACGUUGUUUGUUCCUGGUGGUGAUAAGAGUUGGACGGUUCACAGAGGAGGACCAGAAGGCUGUGAAGGCAGCUAUGGGAGUCCUCGGGCCUCGGGGGAUGAAAGCUACUUACCUGCUGUUCACUGGAGGUGAUGCUUUAAAGGACAUCAAGACACUGGAGGAGUUUAUCUUUGAAGAUGAUGAAGGUACACUUCCAGAUCUUGGUAAAAUGUUUGCGGGGGCGUAUCACCUCUUCAACAAUGAGAUUGAUGAUAAAGACCAAGUCAGAAAGCUGCUUCUGAAGUCAGGCCGCCUCAGGACCCAGAACCAACCUGAUCCCCCAGCUGAUGCUUCUAGAGACAGGAGGAUCGUGCUGCUCGGUCUACCUGGAGGAGGGAAGACUUCAUCAGGAAACACCAUCCUGGGAUCAGAUCUGUUUGAAUCAGCUGGUGGUUUUGAUCCAGUCAGUACAGAGACCGUCUCUAGGUCAGCCACAGUGGGGGGUCGUCAGGUCACAGUGGUGAACACUCCAGGAUUCACUGAUAUACUUCUGUCUAAUAAACAGCUGUACCUGGAGGUCAUGAAGUCUAUAGUAGAGGCCAGUCCAGGACCACAUGCCUUCAUCAUCGUGGUCAGACUGGGCAGAAUCACAGCAGCAGACGUUAAACUGUUUGAGCUACUUCCUAAACUGUUUGACAGAAAUGCUCUUCAGUACUCCAUGGUGCUUUUCACUCAUGAAGACCAGCUAGGCGGUCAGUCUAUUGAUCAGGAGAUCCAGUCCAACAUAGAUGUAAAAAAUCUGGUCUCCAUGUGUGGUGGUAGAUUCUGUGUGUUUAACAACAAAGCCAGCAGAAGCAGAGAGCAGGUUAGAAAGUUCCUGAACACAGUAGAUGAGAUGGUCACAGCUAAUGGUGGACAGCACUACACCAAUGACAUGUUCAGGAUGGCUGAGACCUUCUUUAAGGAACAGAGGAACCUGUCAGGAGAGACAGCAGGAGAGACAGCAGGAGAGACAGCAGGAGAGACAGCAGGAGAGACAGGUCUGUCAGGUAAGCCAGUUCCAUCAGGAGAGACAGGUCCAUCAGGCAGCAGAGAAGGCAGAAAUGUCUGGGAAAGAUUUAAGCUUUAUUUGCCACAUAAUGAAAAGGGUCCGAUUUUAAGUGCUGCAGGGGCUGCAGAGGCUGCAGGGGCUGUAGGGGCCGCAGUAGUUGCAGGGGCCGCAGGGCUUGCACAGGCUGCAGGGCCUGCAGUUGCUGCAGGAGCUUCACGGGUUAUAGAGGCUGCAGAGGCUGCAGGGGCUGUAGGGGUCGCAGUAGCUGCAGGGGCCGCAGGGCUUGCACAGGCUGCAGGGCCUGCAGUUGCCGCAGGAGCUUCACGGGUUGUAGAGGCUGCAGAGGCUGCAGGGGCUGUAGGGGUCGCAGUAGCUGCAGGGGCUGCAGGGCUUGCACAGGCUGCAGGGCCUGCAGUUGCCGCAGGAGCUUCACGGGUUGCACAGGCUGCAGUGCCUGCAGUUGCUGCAGGAGCUUCACGGGUUGCAGAGGCUGCAGUGCCUGCAGUUGCCGCAGGUGCUUCACGAGUUGCAGAGGCCGCUGGGGCUGCAGGGGCUGUAGGGGCUGCAGUAGCUGCAGGGGCCGCAGGGCUUGCACAGGCUGCAGGGCCUGCAGUUGCCGCAGGAGCUUCACGGGUUGUAGAGGCUGCAGAGGCUGCAGGGGCUGUAGGGGUCGCAGUAGCUGCAGGGGCUGCAGGGCUUGCACAGGCUGCAGGGCCUGCAGUUGCCGCAGGAGCUUCACGGGUUGCACAGGCUGCAGUGCCUGCAGUUGCUGCAGGAGCUUCACGGGUUGCAGAGGCCACAGGGGCUGCAGUGGCAGCACGGGCCAAAGGGCUUGCACAGGCUGCAGGGGCUGCAGUGCCUGCAGUUGCUGCAAGAGCUUCACGGGUUACAGAGGCCAUAGAGCCUGCAGUGGCUGCAGUGGCUGCACGGGCCAAAGGGCUUGCACAGGCUGCAGGGGCUGCAGUUUCUGGGGCCACAAUUGCCGCAGUUGCCACAGUGGCUGCAUGGGUUGGCCGGGCUGUUGGGUCUGGAGAGUUUAAACGGGCUGCACAGGCAGCAGGGACUGCAGGGUCUGGAGAGUCUAAACAGGCUGCACAGGCAGCAGGGGCUGCAGGAUCUGGAGGGUCUACACGGGCUGCACAGGCAGCAGGGGCUGCAGUGUUUGCAGUGGUUGUAGGGGCCGCAGUGGCUGUAGUGGCCGCAGGGGCUGCAUGGGUUGCAGGGGCUGCAGUUGCCGCAGUUGCUGCAGUGGCUGCAGUGGUGGCAUGGGUUGUAGGGUUCGCAGUGGCUGCAGUGGCUGCAGUGACUGCAUGGAUUGCAGGGGCCACACUUGCCGCAGUGUCUGCAGUGGCCACAGUGGCCGCAGUGGCUGCAUUGGUUGUGGGGGCUGUACGGGCUGCAGAAGCAACAGGGGCUGCAGGGGCAGCAGUGGCUGCAUCGGCUGCAGGGGCCGCAGUGGUUACUGGGGCUGCAGGGGCUGCCAUGGCUGCAGGGGCUGCAGUUGCCACAGUGACCGCAGUGGCCACAGGGGCCGCAGUUGCUGCAGUGGCUUCAGAGGCUGCAUGGGCUGCAGGGGCCACAGGGGCAGCAGUGGCUGCAGGGGCUGCAGGGGCCACAGUGGGCACACUGGCUGUGUGUUGGUUGACAUAAUAAAAGAAAUGAAGACCUCCAAGCUUUAGAAGAACCCGGCACCUCAGUCAGACCAGUUCCUUCUUCAGAUCCUCCUUCCUUGUUUUCAGAUGACAGGCUGUAGUUAUGAGUUUUACGGUUUUGCUUUGACCUUUGACCUCUGGUGUGUUUGUGAAAUCUGCUGCACUAAAGUCCUAAAGUACGGAUUGUCAUUUAUAACUCACUGUCUCUAUAAUCAUAUGAUUAUUAAUGUAUUUUGAUCAUUUACUGAAGUUUGAUUAUUUACAAGUUAUGGCUUUGUGAUUUUGAGCUUCUACUGAAAAUUAAGUUUUUAAUUUACUGAUUGUUAAAAAGAGCAUUUUGUUGUAUCUUUAAAAUCACUUUGGGGUCUUUUAGUAAGUUUCACAAAUGUACUUUUCUCAUUGAUGGUGAAGUCGGAUGGUAAUUAUUGAAUAAACAAAUACGCAGAAUUGUUCAAGUUUCUAAUAAAUAAUUUGCUAACAUGUGAAA